GGGGGGCGCUCUCGCGAGAGUAGGAGUUUUGGCGAGAGUUUGUGGAAGAUGGCGCCUGUUGUGACAGGGAAAUUUGGAGAGCGACCUCAACCAAAACGGCUCACCAGGGAAGCAAUGCGAAAUUAUCUGAAGGAGCGAGGUGAUCAAACAGUGCUAAUACUCCAUGCGAAAGUUGCGCAGAAGUCGUAUGGAAAUGAAAAAAGGUUCUUUUGUCCUCCUCCGUGUGUGUAUCUUAUGGGCAGUGGAUGGAAGAAAAAAAAAGAGCAAAUGGAACGGGAUGGUUGCACUGAGCAAGAGUCACAACCUUGCGCCUUCAUUGGAAUAGGAAACAGCGACCAAGAAAUGCAGCAGCUGAACUUGGAAGGAAAGAAUUAUUGCACUGCCAAAACAUUGUACAUAUCAGACUCAGACAAGAGAAAGCACUUCAUGUUAUCAGUAAAAAUGUUCUAUGGCAAUAGUGACGACAUCGGUGUGUUCCUCAGUAAACGGAUCAAAGUCAUCUCUAAACCUUCUAAAAAGAAACAGUCACUGAAAAAUGCAGACUUAUGUAUUGCGUCAGGGACAAAAGUGGCACUAUUUAAUAGACUUCGAUCCCAAACAGUUAGCACCAGAUAUUUGCACGUAGAAGGUGGUAAUUUCCAUGCCAGUUCACAACAGUGGGGAGCAUUUUACAUUCACCUCUUGGAUGAUGAUGAAUCGGAAGGAGAAGAAUUCACAGUGAGAGAUGGCUACAUUCAUUAUGGGCAGACUGUCAAACUUGUAUGCUCAGUUACUGGCAUGGCACUCCCAAGACUGAUAAUUCGAAAAGUAGAUAAACAAACAGCGUUAUUGGAUGCAGAUGAUCCAGUAUCGCAGCUCCAUAAAUGUGCAUUUUACCUUAAAGACACUGAGAGAAUGUAUUUGUGCCUUUCCCAGGAGAGAAUAAUCCAAUUUCAAGCCACUCCAUGCCCAAAAGAACCAAAUAAAGAAAUGAUUAAUGAUGGAGCUUCUUGGACAAUCAUUAGCACAGAUAAAGCAGAAUACACAUUUUAUGAGGGGAUGGGACCGGUCCAUGCUCCAGUGACACCUGUGCCUGUUGUAGAAAGUCUUCAAUUGAAUGGUGGUGGGGAUGUAGCAAUGUUGGAACUUACAGGACAGAACUUCACUCCAAAUUUACGUGUCUGGUUUGGGGAUGUGGAAGCUGAAACCAUGUACAGAUGUGCAGAGAGCAUGCUAUGUGUUGUUCCAGACAUUUCUGCAUUUCGAGAGGGUUGGAGGUGGGUCCGUCAGCCAGUCCAGGUUCCAGUAACUUUGGUCCGUAAUGAUGGCAUAAUUUACUCCACCAGCCUUACCUUUACAUACACACCGGAACCAGGGCCACGACCACACUGCAGUGCUGCUGGAGCAAUCCUCAGAGCCAACUCAAGCCUCAUGGCUUCCAGUGAAACAAAUACAAACAGCGAGGGAAGUUACACGAACGUCAGCACAAAUCCAACCAAUGUCACAUCAUCUACAGCAACUGUAGUUUCCUAACUACUGUUGUUUGUCUGGACUUUAACUGACUUUUAAGUGCUACAUUCAAGAGAACUGAACAAUUUUUGUGGUUUCAUGGGAAAACACCUUUCCAUUUUAGGUGAUAUUAUUUGAACCUUGUUACCUGCAAGUGCUGAUCUUAAAAUAUAGAAGCCACAAUAAAAAAAAAAAAAUCCGAAACAUAAGAACUUUAUUGAAAAUCUAUUUUUCAGCUGGUUUUUUUAAUGGGCAAGAAACAAAAAAUGUGGCUGGGAUACAUGUUGAGCAAACUAGAAAACAUGAACACAACAUAGUUUUUAUGGACCAAGGAACUUGUAUAAGCUUUAGUAUAAAAGGUACAUUUUCACCAUACCUUUUUUGUAUCACAACAUAUAGUACACUUUUGUUACCAAAUAGUUUAUAUUUUUUUUUCCUCUGAGCUUUCGCUCUGAAGUAUAUUCAGGUUCCAAGCCUGACCAUGCUUGUAUAAUCUAAUUACCAUACUCUUCCAGUUUUAAAAAAAUAUAUAUAUUUUUGGUCUGUGGCUGGAACUGUUCCUUUUUUUAAACUGAAGUCUUGUGACUUUUUAUGAACUGAAAUUGUUUUUAUUUCAGCAAGUAGAACCUUGUAAAGGCCAGCAUAUUUUUUUUAAGAUUAUAUGAAGUCUGUGCAAAAGCUUUAAAAAAUGCCUCUGCCUUGCCUGCAAUACAUGCAAUGUAUGUUAACUUUAGUGCUCUGUUUUCAGUCAUUGUUAAUAGUUAUUUCUGUUUUCCUUUUUUAAAUAUGUAUUUAUAGUGAUAAUUCAUGAGGUUCUAACAUUACAUGAGUUUUUUUUAAAGUGGCAUCUCAAGCAGUCAUAUUAAUGAUUGUUCAUGUCACAGGCAUAUGUUGGUGUUUUUGAAGGGUUGUUACUGGGUUACUCCCCCUCUUCCUUGCUCAGUCAUAUUGCAUCUGAAAAUGUUUCAGGAUCCGUUCAGGUUUUUCUAAUCUUGUACAUAAUUUGUAUUAAGUGUAAGUUAAAUGUUUUAUUUUGAAAGUGGAAUGUUCCCAAUAACUUCAUUUGGCAGCAUGUCUUCUGUCUUGUUGGCAUGUAACUAAAAUACCAUGAGAAGUAUGUGCUACAAAUGGGAUUGGUAGGUGAUGCCCUCAUCACCUGAGAAUCACAACAAGCAUGUUUUUCUUCAUACUGUUCAGUAAAUUAGGCCAGACUUUGGUGUAACACUUGUAUUGAGAACGUGCUUUCAUUGUGAAGUGAUCAUACCAUAAUAACUAGAAGUAAAUUUUAUUACUUAGAAAUGGGCAAAUAGAAAAUCGUAAAAGCACUAUGAAGAUGUCAGCUCCUCCCAUCCUUAUUUCCUGUGGGUUCCUCUUUCCCUGCCAACAGCUUGUGCAACAUUCAAGUCUUCUCUCCAUCAUAAAUUCAAGGCUCAUUUGCACUUUGACUUUGUUGGUUGUUGCAUUUGUUUUUCAUUUUGACUUUGCCACGUUUUGUCCCUCCUUGUAGACCUGCCUGCUUCAUUUGUAUUUGAAAGUAUACCCCAGUAGUUCAUUUGUAGUCACAGAACUAGGCAUAGACUCAUAGGACAAGUUCUGAUAGUGUGAUCUUCCUCUUUAAAAGCCAAAAUACAAAUUUUACGGUGUGUUCAGCCUUUUCUAUACCCUGAAGCAAGAGUCACAACUGCUGUGUAAAUCUGAACCUGUGGCUUCCUACAGUGCAUUGCUUACAAGCUUAUCUGUUGACCAUUUUCAGAGGGUUGUUACUUCUGACCACUUAUUCCAGUUUCAACACCCACUGCCAUUUUGCAGCAUUGUCUCUGCACCACAUUUGUGUACUCUGACGCUCCAUUCUACUUGUUUGCUUUAGUGCUCCGUUGUGUGUGUGAAAACAAUGUGGUUAAAGGAAGAAAUCGGUUAUAAAGCAUGUUUAGCCAAUAGUAAAAUCGGUGCCACUGUCCCUUCUAAAAUGUGCUUGUAUUCUACCACAGGCCUUCAUAUUUGCUAUUCUGUAUUACAAAACUUAUUCCCAUGACGUAGUUACAAUGCUGGUUCUUAGCACUAGUGAAUACUGCCUCACCUCAUCUCCGUUUCAGUGACCAAGGGCAGGAUUCAUUGUGGCCUUAUCUCUGAUUUAAACUGUUUACUGGCAUUUACUUGCAAAUCUGUUUACCUUUGUAUGUGCUAUAAAAUUUCAUUUUAAUUGUGUUGUGGCAGGAAUCAUUUCACAGUGUUUUUGUUAGAAGCACAUAAGUAUCUUACAGUAUGGCUUAAUUCAAGAGCCACAGAUUUUCAUUCCUAAUUAGACUGAGAAUUAAAAUAAGUGAGAUAGAGAUAUAUCUCUAUAUAUCUCUAUCUCAGAUUUAGAGGGUAUUCAAGAACAAACCAUGAUACACACGCAGUAGGCAAACCAUAACAAGCCUUUUAACCUUCAAAGACUAUUUAAAAUAGCUUUUCAGAACUUGACACGUGCUUUUAUACUCAUUAUUUUAAAUUUUUUACAUAUAAAUGCAAUACUUUUUAUAUUCAGUUUCUUUACUUGCAGUAAUUUUGCCCAAUAGAUGUAAUAUUCCUUGACUUGUAAAGAACCUAAUGACUUAGCCUAAUUUCUGCUGUUAUACACACUACAGCCAAGUGGGUGAAAAAGAGACUAUUAAGUUCUGCUUACAAGACCAUUUUAAACCCCAUUUUUCCCUUGGGCUUGUGGCUCCGUUGUUGCCAGUAGUUAUUCUGUAGUACAGAAAUGGUCUUCCAGGUCCUUGCUGUUGUUAAGAUGUCAAGUUGUUCAGAUAUAUUAUCUUCCUGAACUUUUUCCUGUGGGGUAGUAUUCUUACAUUUAUUGGCCUUGUGAGCUGUUAAUCAAUUUUCAUGAUAUUAACAAUAACUCAAGAUUUUGAUAAAACUACUUUUAGAAUGUUUCACUAUGAAACUAUUAUAACUGUUCAAGUCUAGCUGUUAAGUCUGCUGUUAAUUCUAUAUACAUAGAAAUUGAGUCUGUGUUCAGAAUGUUGUUAUAGUUCCAACUGUAGAAAGAAAAAGCAAAUUAAGUGCUCAAAUUUAGCUAUGCCUUUUCUUGUUUUCUUUGUUUGGAACUGCAUUUCAGAAUUCAACACUAGCAUAGUCUUUAAUAAUCUGCUGCUGAUGUGUUUCCUAAUUAUUUGCCCUGAGGGCAUCCCACAACUGUGUUAAUAAUGGUAUUCUGUACUCCUCCUCAUUGCACAGACUUACAAGAUCAGAAUGGUUACCUGAAAAGACAUGCACUCAAGACAUAAACCAGUGAAUUCCCCAUAUACAAAAUAUUAAUGCCAAGUGAAACAAAUUAUCUGUUGGAAGUAAGCUACCCACUUGUAGAUUAAAUGACUCCAUAGAGGUGUCCACCUUGCAACUAAGAUGCUCUUCAAUUAUUAACCAUAUUUUUUACUUUCUUUCAAAAGCAGCUGUGUUUAUGAGUACUGAACAAAUGUGUAUACUUUCCUGUGCCAGACUUUUGACUUUGUUUUCAAGCACUGUACUGUGGGAUUGAGUGGCAGCUUUGUUAGAAAAAGAAGUAUAUUAGGGUUUCUACUUAACCCUUUUAGGACUGAACAAUUUCUUCCCUUUAAAAGCUGUAAAAUAAAUGAGCAGUUCUAACUUUGUAAACAUUCUGUCUGUAUUCAGCACUGCAUUUGCCCCAUCUGGAGGUGCUAUGCUAAUGUCAUUUUUUUUAAAUCUUGUAGCAUGUGUAUACAUUCAGUCUUAAAAGGGUUAUUUUUACAAACUGUGCACCUGUAAAGUUUCUUAGCAAUAAGGUAGAAAAAUGAGCAAAUUUUUACCAUAAUUUUGUAGAAUUAAUUGCUCAGUUCCAUAUUUCAUCAAGAAAAACCCUGCAAUAUGGGCAGUUUUGAGGAUUAAAUAAAAGUGAAAUGUAAACCACAUAAAAGUGUUUUUGUCAAGUCUACUCUGUGUGUGUAUGUGCAUAUACUAUCGGGUUUCAUUUCUUCCUACAAGGCUAAAGAUAAAAUGCCAUGUUACUGUUGAUGUGACAAAUAUAAUUGAACAUCUGUACAAUGAUAUAAAAGUAGUUAUGAUUUGAUCAGGUGUUGAAACUUGCCACGUUUUUUGUGGAUUUUUUUCAAUGUUAACCAAGGAAUAUGAUUUUUUUUUUUUUUUUUUUUUUUUUUUGGUGAAUGAACAGUGAGGUCAUCUAUGGAACCAGAACAACAAAAAAGAAGACCAACCCCAGGAGUGGAAAAGUCAUCAGUAGUUGUGAGGCUAUGCACACUGGACUCCACUUAAACGGGAUACGGAAUGUCCACCCAAAAAUCUAAAUUGGUUUCAUUAUUGCUUGUAUUAUUGCUGGAGUUAGAUAAGAAACUGUUUUUUCCAAUAAUGUAAAAAAAAAAAAAAAAAAAGGUUCACUUUUUUGUAUUAUUUAUUAAAUAAGAAAAAAUGAACUGUGUUUAAUUGUUUAACUUUAGCAACUUUAUUAUUGCAACUAGUAUACCUGACUUAUUUUCAUCCUUUUCUUAGUUGCAGACUGUCUGAUAUUUCUUUCAGUUGGUUAAUAAUUAGAACUAGAAAUUUAGCAAGAUAGCUUAUUUCUUGCUUUGACAGAGAAUACUCUAGUAGGGCCAUAAGGAACAACUAGAAAUGAUGCGCUCUUUUAGUUUGCAAGCACAAGUGACACAGUCAGUUGAAAAAGUUUCUGAGAUGGGAAUUGGACACAGCAGAGAGAGAAUUUGGAAUGACAGAAACCUACCAGUACUAGUUCUGUAUUAAAAUAAUACAAGAACUACUAGUUUAUCCAUAAGACUGUGAAGGGGCCAGAAAUGGUUGUUAAGAAGGUGUGGCGAGCGAGAGAGAGAGAGAGAUGUCACUGGAAAAAAUAGAUCAUUUGACUAUAAGGAAGCAUUACAGAUUUUUAUUGAAACAUCUGCAAAGGUGAAUGCCAUUGUUAUUAAGACACGUAAAAUAGCCAGAAACUCAACACUGGUAGAGUUUCUGCUGUUUGAAACAGGGACGGUAUGGGCAGAUUACAUUUCAGAAUUAUUCUCAAGACUCUUGCAGUCUGUUUCUGGAAUGAUAAAUCGAUUCUUCUGGAACAGAAUAGAAAUUAGAUCUGAGGUUUUGGCAAAGAGAAUGGUCACUUGCUAAACUUUAGUGUUGGUGUAGUUGGAAGAAACUGCAUGGGAUGGUGCUUGUCUUAGAUGAAGAACUACAGAUACAAAAAAAAUCUCUUCAUCUAAACCUUGGCAAUUAGCUAUAUAGAUAGUCUCAAUAAUAAAUCCUGUUAAAAUCAAAUCCAGAGUAGAGGAUUAAAAGGAGAAUGGUGUGAAAUUAUUUGGCUGGAGGAAAGGAUUCAUAUGGAGGAUUAGAUGCAAUAUAUGCCAUUUCAGGACAUUCAGAAUUACAGAACUGGGACAGGUAGUUUACCUUUCACAGCGCCCUUUUAGAUUGGAGUUGCAUGCUUCUGCGAUGGAUAGAAAAAAACACUGUAUGUGCUCAGUUAGUGUGUCCGUAAAGGAUAUUUAUUUCUGAUACCCAGUAGCACAUGCUUAGUGUGAGGCCAAAGGCAUGAAGUGUUACAGCCCAUAUUUAUUUAGAAAUUCUUUUGUAUUGAAUAUCAACAUUAAUUAUGUAUGCUAAAGAGAAAUAAGUUGAGCAAGUCUAGAUUCUCUGUAGAAGCAAACUUGCAAGCUAACUGCUGUCUGAAAAAAUCUGAUAAAGCCUUCUGAAUUUUACAUCUUUCCGGUUCUGCAUCUCCUUCAAGUAUGGGAAAGGAUGGUUAGAAGUUUGCUGUCAUCUUUUCCAUGUGCUAUUGCCUUUGUAUUCUAGUCUUAGUUCCCUUACUUUUCAUGUGUACUUUUCCAGAUCCUUAAUUAGUUUGCAGUUCUUCACAGAAUGUGUAAAUUUUGCUGCAUAAUUUAGGAGAGAGAAGUCGGUGUUAAGUAAGGUGAACUAUAACUUUUGAGACUAAUGUGCUGUCAUCUCUCUGCUCUUUCCACUGUUGUGCUGUGGGGUGGGGGAGAAAGAAACGUUCGUUGGGUUUUAAGCUGCUUGUAGGUACAUUGAAUGGAAGUUUCUACAGGCUUGGCCUUCAUGAUCUGCAGGUCUCUAUCUGAAGAUGACACAUGUAAUUUGGAACCAUAUAAAGGUGCUUGUGAAUCUAUCUGAAUUUAGAAGGUCUUUGCUUAUUAUUUAUCUUUUAAUUAUAUUUGCUGUCAUGUUGCCCCCUCAUCUAUGUUCAUUAAAACCUUAAAUCUUCUGUGCUUUUAACUAAAUUACCUUUCUUCUAUUUGCUGAUUUGUUCACUGGGAAAUUUGUCCAUAUCCACCUCUGCAAAUCCCCACAGAUGUGUUUCAGGCAAGAUUGGACCUUGUGCCAUUUGAACUACUUCUGUGCCCUACUUCCAUCUCUUACUUUCUGCUUUACCUUCUCCUGAGUGACUUGACUUUGAGGCCUUUGAUGUACAAAUAAACAGCAACUGCAUUCGUUUGUUCGUUGCUAUACUGAUACAUUAAGACGUUUAUAAUAAAUUGCUAUCCAUUGGC